CCCCGUCUAUCCCCCCCUUGCAGAGGAGAAUCUCUCUCUCUAUUUCUCUGCUUUCUCUCUCAAAGUUUUCAACUUUUAAUCUCUCUGCCAUCAAAACCCUCCCUCUCCCUUUUGUCUCUGUGUCAGUCUCCAAGGCGGGAUUUUUUUUUGUGGGUACCAUUCUUCUCUUCUUCUCCUUCAUUUUAUUCCGAGUGAUGGGUGUUUGAGCUUUUCUGACUCUAAGACUUUACACAUUGCAGCGAGCCUCAUCACCACCUUCUUUCGUCAUAAGCCCUGGAUUACACUGACUUAAACACAUGAUCUCUUUUGCUUUCUUUCUCUGUAAUAUGACCGUUUAAGUCUCUGAGAAUUCAAAGGACAAAGGCCACCAGUAAACAGUAGCAAAACAAAACAAACUGAAAGAAAAGCUAUGGCAGGUGAUCAAGUCUGUGAUGGUUCUAACAUGAGUGUUUCGCUUCAAAUCGAUAACCCCUCUCGUGAUUCUCUUUGGAUACCCACUUCUUCUAUCGCUUUUUAUGGUGCAAAAUCUAUGGUUAACUUUGAGAAUGAUGGUGGGGGGGACACUUUGGAUAAGCCAUUUUUCCAAGCUAGUGUUAAAGAAGAAAAUGGCGAUGAAGAUUUUGACGUGUGCCUUAACCCACCCGGGAAGAAAAGGCGGCUUACGGCUAGUCAAGUUCAGUUUCUUGAAAGAAACUUUGAGGUGGAAAAUAAGCUUGAACCUGAGAGAAAGAUACAACUUGCUAAGGAACUUGGGUUGCAGCCACGCCAAGUUGCAAUAUGGUUUCAAAAUCGGCGGGCUAGGUUCAAGAACAAACAGCUGGAAAAGGACUAUGACUCUUUGAAAACUAGCUAUGAUAGACUCAAGGUUGAUUAUGACAAUCUCCUGAAAGAGAAAGAGGAUUUGAAAAAUGAGCUUGUUUCUCUGAAAGCGAAAUUGCUGGCUAGAGAGGAAGGGAUAGAAAAUUUAGAGCCAAUUGAAGCCAUGAAUUCACCCAAUGUAGAACUUCAGAACCCAGUUCCUAAAACUGUCCCUGAAGUGGUUUCCGAUGCAUCAUUAUUGGUGACUCCCAAACAAGAAGAGGCAAGUUCAGCAAAAAGCGAUGUGUUCGAUUCCGAUAGCCCUCAUUCAUUUUUGGAGCCUGGUGAUUCUUCUCAUAUUUUUGAACCAGACCAAUCCGAUUUCUCGCAAGAUGAAGAAGAUGAACUUAGCAGGAGCUUUUUGCCCACACCAUACUUCCCAAAACUCUACCAUGAUCCACCUGCAAAUUCAUGUAGUUAUGGAUUCCCAGUAGAAGACCAACCUUUUUGGUCCUGGACUUAGAGUUCACAUUAUAUGUCAUAAAUAUGAGCUUCCACACUGCCUGCUAAUGCAAAUCAAAGUUCUCAGUUGUAAUUAUAGUUUUAUUAAGCAAUUAAUAUAAUAUUUUCUUCAAAA